GGCCGGGUGUUAAUGGCGGACGCCGCUCCCGCCGCCCAGCAGUGACUGACCGCUCCCGCCGCCUCUCGCCAUGUCCGUGGUGCCGCCCAACCGCUCGCAGACCGGCUGGCCCCGGGGGGUGAACCAGUUCGGGAACAAGUACAUCCAGCAGACGAAGCCGCUCACGCUGGAAAGGACCAUCAACCUGUAUCCCCUGACAAAUUACACGUUUGGCACCAAGGAGCCCCUCUAUGAGAAGGACAGCUCCGUGGCUGCUCGGUUCCAGCGCAUGAGGGAGGAGUUUGACAAGAUUGGCAUGAGGCGGACGGUGGAAGGAGUUCUGAUUGUGCAUGAGCACAGGCUGCCCCACGUGCUCUUACUGCAGCUGGGUACAACUUUUUUCAAGCUACCUGGUGGUGAACUCAAUCCAGGAGAAGAUGAGGUAGAAGGGCUCAAACGCUUAAUGACAGAGAUACUGGGUCGUCAGGAUGGUGUUCAGCAAGACUGGGUGAUUGAUGACUGCAUUGGCAACUGGUGGAGACCAAACUUUGAACCUCCCCAGUACCCAUAUAUCCCAGCUCAUAUUACAAAGCCAAAAGAACACAAAAAGCUUUUUUUGGUCCAGCUUCAAGAAAAGGCUUUGUUUGCAGUCCCCAAAAAUUACAAGCUGGUUGCUGCACCAUUGUUUGAGCUCUAUGACAAUGCACCAGGAUAUGGCCCUAUUAUUUCCAGCCUUCCUCAGCUUUUGAGCAGGUUCAACUUUAUUUACAACUGAAUUCCUAUGUACCUGAAGACUCCAGUAGAAGAAGCCGUCUCUGUGAGCACAGCUUUGAACUGUAGAGACACGAAUAUGUGUGACACAAGGAUUUUUUUAAGUAAUUCUGUUCCUGAAGGCCACUAAACAUUCUGUGGUAUGAACAGAGAAGUGAAUCUCAACUGUUUAGCUAGAGAGAUGGCAAUGGGCUACCAGUGUUAUAAUCCCUUUUCAUUGUAAUACUCACCAAUUUUUUGUUUUGUACAACAUUAAACAAGAUGGUUAAGAUUC